CUCAUCCUUGGACACAGACAACGAAGCUCCCUGCCUCCCUCGCCUCGCCGCCUUCUCUCCUCCCUCCUGCCUUGUCUCCGCAACUGCCAGGCUUCAUCCACGAUAAUCAUAGACAUAGGCCCUCGCAACCCGUGAAGUCAUGGUAAUCUCCGUCUCCACUCCCCGGCGCUCCCGCGACGCAAUUCUAGGCGGUGUGCUGGGAGGUGCCGGUCGCCAGCUUUACCAGCCGCUCCACUGUGCCCUCUACGAUGGUUCGGCCAGGGGCGGCGGCCAAUCCGUGCAUGGCCUCGCUGCUGCUCUCUCAGUGGAUGCCGGCGAUGUCGUCCGCGUCUCCACUGAGGUGGCGGCGAAGAACGUGCUCAUCCUGAUGAGCGACACCGGCGGCGGCCACCGCGCCUCCGCAGAGGCCCUCCGGGACGCCUUCCGCAUUGAGUUCGGCGACGCCUACCAGGUGUUCGUGAGGGAUUUGGGGAAGGAGUACGGGGGCUGGCCGCUGAACGAUAUGGAGCGAUCGUACAAGUUCAUGAUUCGCCACGUGCGCCUCUGGAAGGUGGCCUUCCACGGCACCUCCCCGCCAUGGGUGCACGGCAUUUACCUCACCGUGCUCGCCUACUUCUACGCAAACAAGGUGGUGGCUGGGAUCAUGAAGUACAAGCCGGACAUUAUCAUCAGCGUUCACCCGCUGAUGCAGCAUAUACCGCUGUGUGUUCUCAAGUGGCAGAGCCUGCAGCGCAGGGUACCCUUCAUCACCGUCGUCACCGACCUCAACACCUGCCACCCGACAUGGUUCCACCACGGUGUGACAAGGUGUUACUGCCCCUCCGCUGAGGUUGCAAACAGGGCCCUGCUCCGGGGCCUCCAAACCUCCCAAGUUCGCGUCUUCGGGCUGCCGAUCAGGCCCUCCUUUUGCCGUGCCGAGCUCGAGAAGGAUGAGAUCAGGAAAGAACUUGAGUUAGAUCCUAAACUGCCUGCCGUUCUACUGAUGGGAGGCGGCGAGGGUAUGGGUCCGGUGGAGGAGACAGCAAGGGCCCUUGGGGAGGAGCUUUACGAUUACGAGAGACGGCGCCCAAUUGGGCAGAUUGUGGUCAUAUGCGGCAGGAAUCAGGUUCUGCGGUCCGCCCUGGAGUCCAUGAGAUGGAAGGUCCCUGUCAAGAUAAGGGGGUUCGAAAAACAGAUGGAAAAGUGGAUGGGAGCCUGCGAUUGCAUCAUCACAAAGGCUGGUCCUGGCACAAUCGCAGAAGCGUUGAUAAGGGGACUUCCAAUUAUCCUGAACGAUUUCAUCCCUGGACAGGAAGUUGGAAAUGUGCCUUAUGUCGUGGACAAUGGUGCUGGUGUGUUUUUCAAGGACCCAAGGAAGGCUGCAAAUCAGGUUGCCCGAUGGUUCAGCGUAGAUAUGGAUGGGCUCAAGAGAUACUCCUGUAAUGCACUGAAACUAGCUCAACCUGAAGCCGUGUUUGACAUUAUCAAGGACAUCCACAAGCUCCAGCAACAAUACGCUGCAGUUACCCGGAUCCCCUACUUCUUGACCUCACCGUUUUCAUAUCGUAUGUGAAUUCAAGAAUACUAUUACAGUUACAUAUAUUCUCCAUGCUGGAUAUACCUUGCAACUUCGAUCUGCCUGCUGAAGAAGAACCUGUAUAAAUAGGGUUGGACAUUCCUCCCUUGGAGUAGAUCUUUUGUUCAUAUAUGUCAAUUAAGAGGGAAUUUGAGCUGCCAGAGGCUUGUAAUCUUCUGAUUAAAUGGUAAAGCUUGGGAGAGAAUUUAGUACAAGGCAUUUGUUCUUUGUGUAAGCCCAGCAUAGAACUGCCAGCAAGAGCAUAUAGCUAAUUGAUCCUGUAACUAUUAUUUCGAAAGAAGUUAUAUGUUGUAAGAGUGUGAUAGUACUAUCCAUCAAGCAUGAUAUCAGGCUGAUUUCUACUUUCCAUGCAAGUAAAGAAAAUGCAUGCACUUGUCAACGUUAUUGCAA